GAUACUUACCUUCUUCGGCACUGUUUCAAUCAUGGUUACAUACAUGUAGGUGUAAAAUAUACCGUUUUUAACUGUAGAAGGAAAGGAGAUUUAAAUACAACGAAAUAUAUGGCUAGACCGGGAAUCGAACCCGGGAUCCCUGCAACUCAAGUGAGGAGCUUUCCCGUUGAGCAACCCAGGCGAUACCAAAGUUACCUGUCGAGCAUAAUAAAUAUAACUUGUCCUCUCUGUUGAGCACGAGUUAUCGCACAUUAGUUAAAGCAAUAAUGAUUGUUUUACAAUCUCAAAGGACUUCGGACUAUAUCCCUUUGAAGCUAAAGAAAUCAUUGAGGUUUGUUAAUUCACUACAUUCAGACAUGUUUAUGGAACAAAUUCCAUGUUUCCUGUUGAUCAGUAUGACAUAUCUUCAGUAACAGGGAUUCAUCGAGGACUUGCAUUGCAUACGUUUUAUUAACGGGUGUGAAGAAUGGAGUUAGGAUCAAAAUAUUCACAGACAGAUCUCUUGAGAUGUUUUCUAUGCUCUUUUUUUUAUGAAGACCCCAAAACACUGCCCUGUUUACAUUCUUUCUGUGAAAAGUGUCUUGUCGACAAUUUCAAGCAGCAACACGUAAAUGACAAUCUUAAGAAAUGUCCUGUUUGUCAAACAUUUCUUGAUGUAAAUCCACAAGAAAUGAAAACUAACAUAUACUUGCAAAAUCGUGUUUGUUUCUCUAAAGAACGGGCCGAAAGUUUGACAAAUCCAGUGUGUGCGGUUUGCUGCCUCAAAUUACAGAAAAACGUACCAGCGGUUGCUCAGUGCAUAAGUUGUUCAGACUUUCUGUGUAAAGUAUGUUCGGAUAUUCACACCCUUACAACUCUGACCAUCAAUCAUCAGGUGAUGUCACUGACAGAAAUAAAAACAGGGAAAUAUGAUGACGCAAUGUUCAUGGCCAGCUUCAAAGCGUGUUGUCCUAAACAUUCGAACGAAGAAUUAAAGUUCUAUUGUAAACCAUGCCAUAUUUUGACAUGUAUAAAUUGCGUUGUUCUUGAACAUAAAGGGCACGAUUUUAAGAGCAUGGAUGAAUUAAGAGAAGAAAAAGGAAAUGCCUUAAAAAUUCUUUACCAAGAAUUGAAAGCAAAAUUGGGCACGUUGAAUCAAACUAUUGAUUCAAUUGUAUCAAGAAAAGGCCAACUUGAAUCAAAGAUGACUGGGAUACAGAGUGAAAUUAUAAAGAAGUCUUCCGAAGCCGUGAGUAGAAUUGAUAAAGGAAAAAACAAAAUGUUGAAGGAUUUAGAAGAUUUCCUUUUACCAAAAUCGAGGAAUCUUGUAAGUGGAUUGAACAGCGUGUCUACUCAAAGAAAAACUAUAAGGCAAGCCUUACAAUAUGCGGAAUUCAUGCUGAGUGGCUCGAAUGCUGAAAUAGUUUUCUCCUUGGAUGAACUCCAGGAAAGUCUCGAAAACUGCGCUAGAAAUGACGAUUACAAAAACAUAAGCGCUUGUUUAUCUGACGAAACGCUAGACAUAUCUUUAAAGUUAAUUGAACCACGGUUGGAACUGUUAUUUAGUAAUGCCGAACCGUUUACAAAAGAAACAAAAAAAGAAUAUUUUCCAAAAGAUGAGAAUUCGUCUGAUUUUCUUGGUUUUUCUGAAAAAGCUACACAGACAGAAGAAGAUUUUAAAAAGUUCGAAGAAAAAAAAGAUAGAAAAUAUAAAAUCAACUUCAUAAAAAGUUUAGACUUAACUGUAGAUGAUGAUAAAUAUGAGCCACGAUUUUCGGGUGUUGCGUGGAUAGAUAAUAAUCAAUUUAUUGGCCUAGAUACAGAAAAUGCAAAAUUAAAGAUUUGUUCACUAUCUUCUGGCAAAAUAUUAAGAAAUGUUAAAGUUGUCGCACUGCUAGCAGUUUCUGUUUGGGGGGAAGGUGUAGCAUGCCUAACUCAUGAUAAAACGAUGACGAGUUUUACACGUGACUUAAGUCCGCAAAAAACUUUACCUAACGUUUCCUGUCUGUUCUCGUCUCUUCCAAGUUUAAACCGGUUAACUUGGAUAGAGAACAAUGCCAUAGUCAUUCAAAAGAAGGGCCUACUGACGAAAGUGUCUGUAAAAUACUUGUCUCCCAAUGGACAGCCAGCUUGGUGGUGGUUUUCUUGCUGUCUCCCGGAUGGUUCUUAUGCAGUAUCUGACAGGGCAAAUGCCUUGGUUUUUUUGAUAGACGCAAACGGUAACAUCUUCAAGACUCUUCGCUGCAGUCCUGGAUCGAUUUCCUUUGACAAGUAUUACAACAUAUUCAUAUCCAACUUUCAUAAUUGUUCAAUAGGAGUUUACGAUAUCAAAGGAACUCGCUUAACAGAUCUAUACUUAGAUGAUAGACCUACAAGCAUUUCAAUUUUACACGACAAGCUACUCGUUGCUGUUGAACAUGGAUGUAAAGUCUUGGUAUAUGAUAUAACUUAUAAAAGAACUUGAAAUUUUAUGUCCUUCAUAUUGUAUUACUCGACUUCAUUUGCUGCUUUAAUAUUUGUUAAUUAUGUAAGAUCGAAUAAUCAUUAAACGUGGUGUAAAACUGUUUCAUUGCUUUUAUUUU